GUCUUCUAUCUGACCUAGAAAUAAGGAGCGUAUAUCGAAAAUGUCGCAAGUUUAGUAAAGUAUUUAUGUUAUGUUAUCCUUCGAUUGGUGCGUUCAUAUUUAGUGCCAUCUUGUAAACUAUAAUAAUAUUUUAUAGACUUCGUGAUUGAUUGGGCACAUUCGCUUCAUCUAGUAUACUGCUUGGUGUUUUUAAAUUCACUUGUACAGUCAAAUUAGUUGCACACAAAUCCAACUGCAGACUGGAUUCCUGCGUUAAUUUAUGUCGCUCUUCUACAAAUUUCUGCCUUCAGACGCGCUUGUGGAGCGAUUUAAACUUAAAAUUUCCCGGGUGUACUACAAUCAUGGACUAUUCAUUUCUUCACACCCAGCACCUGUUAUCACCACCGUUUGCAUUCUUAUGAUAUUUCUUUGGUAUGUUUGACUUUGUUAAAUAAGCUUAGCUAUCCUUUGACCCAACUUCCACUUGUAAGAGAAGUGCCGAUUCAUCGUGCAGUUGUUCGUGACGAUGAAUUUCAAUCGUUCAAAGAUUCACGUUAUGUUUUCGUAAGUCGGGAUGUUGUCUUUCUAGUUUUCAGAAACUUAGAUAAGGGUAUUACCUUUACUUUCUAGUUUUUUUUCUUUUCUCAGGACUAUUCAUCACGUAUGGAUUUCAAUAAACAAGAACAUCAUCUAGUGUGGUUUGUAGACCCAUUUUCUGUUCGUCGAUUUUCAGCCGCUUAAGACCGUAGUCAUAUCAAAGUAAAAUGAUAUCAAACAACAGAAAUUGACUGAGAAUACGGUUUCAAGGCUGUCUCAAAGUUCUGUACUCCCCGAAAUUCGUCCUUUUUUCUCAGUAGUUUUUAGCCGUAUGUACGACACUGUGUCUGGAAAUUAAGAUAACUUGAUGUUUGUUGGCGAAUUGCAAACUAUGAGGUCGUAAAACGUUCUUUUUGUUCCUUGAUAAACCUUGAGUACAGAACAUCAUGAUUUUCAUUUACUUACCUUAUUUGUUCUCAAAUGUGUUUGUAAUCUAUCAGUGUUACAUCUUUUAAUGUGACUUUUUCGUUAUUACAGUCUCUAGAAAUAAAUCAACCCUGCUUUAUGUUGUCAUUGUAAAUGGGCAAGAGAUUUUUCUUUGGGUUGAGGGGAAUCUAUUCUUCUUGUUUUUUUUGAGGUUUUUCCAUAUUUUUCCGAAAGUCUUAAUCUUUGACAUGUUAUUUUUCCCGCAGUUAGAAUUAAAACAUCAAAACGUUAUAUAUUUGUUUUAAUUUCCAUUCUGUACUGCAUCAACACUGAUUUGCGUGUCACUGAAACAUAUACCACUAAUAGGCACAUGGUUUUUUUUUAGCUAACAUCGUUUGCACGCAAACUGGUUAAGGUUUUCAUUUUGCUGUUUAGAUCUCUCUUGAUUUAUUACUUUGGUUUUGAAGUUUACUUUUGACAAUUGAUAAACUAAUUCUUUUGAAAAUUCCAAGAAGAUUUCAUCCAUGCCCAAAUAAAAAGAAUACAUUUGUUUUCAAAAGUUAACUCGUGUGUUAAAACCCUGUUUGUUCGUCGAAUGUAUGUAUUAAUGAUUAUUAUUAAACCAACGUAUUUAUCCAAAUUUACCCCGUGUUUCAGUCAGUUAGUUAUACGUAACGUAAAACAUCAUAUUUAUUAAAUGCCAACUGAGUAAGUUACUGUUCUGAUGAGUCGUUGUUCUGAGUUAAUUUAUAACAUGUAUUCCUACGAUUCAGAUUUUAAUUAUAUCCCUUAUGUAAAAUAUCCUUUCCGUGCUUUUAGAACACAUUACGUCAGGUUUAUUGUGGUGUUCAUUUUUAUGUUUCCUUGUAAAAAACAGACCCAUGAUGACGAGAACAAAAGUCUUGGUUAUAUGCUUCAAAUAGUCAUGCAUUCAAAAAUAAUUACAAGGGCUCCGAAGUGUCAUAUCAACCAUGAAACUAUUGUUCACUUACUUCAGCAGAGCAAUGAAAUGGUCGAGCUUGUUCACCAGUUCAAAAGUUCUGGAGAUGAGAAUACACCAGAAGGACAAACUUUUGAUGACAUCUGCUUCCAGGUUGAGGAUAGAGCAGUUAAUGAAGUAGAAAAUUCCGAAACAAUAAAAAAUGUAUUACCUACAUUUGGGUGUCUCAUGUUAGCUCCUAGUUUCUUAUUAGUUGACCGUCUCGGUGUAAUUCAGUCCCAUCAACCCUCGGUUCUUUCACGUAUAAAACUUGCAGCUUCAGGGAAUCUACUAGAUCUUUUAUUUGGAUUACCUUGGAAGACAACUGGAUUGUCAAAAUUGUCUAGGUGUAAUCGAGAACGGACAGUUACAUAUGCACUAACUUUAGUAUUUCGGGAAUACAAACCUUCAUUUUUUUAUGAACUGCGAGACUAUUUGAUUGAUAGUAUGGAAAACCUUCAUAAAGAUGUAAAUAUUAGCACGGAAACUCGAAAACUAAAUGAUACAUCAAACACAGCUUCAGUUGGACAUAUCUUCCUUGUUUGGUAUAGUGAUCGUUCAUAUUUUGCUGACUAUGCACCAUUACUUUUUAUCUACGUCAUUCUAUUGCUCUAUGUGUAUUUUUCCGUUCGUAAAUUGGAAAUGGUCAAAUCAAAAUGGGGUUUAGCUCUAAGCGCUUGUGUUACUGUCGCUGCGUCAUUAUUUAUGUCUAUUGGUCUGUGUGUAACAAUCGGUCUUGUUAUGCCAACACUCAACGGAAGCGAAGUUUUCCCUUAUUUAGUCGUUCUAAUUGGGUUUGAAAAUGUCAUUGUUUUGACGAAGUCUGUAGUUGCAACACCAGUCGAUCUCCCAGUGAAAUAUAGAAUUGCUGAAGGUUUGAGCAAAGAAAGUUGGUCACAUACAAAACUUUACUUUACUGGAUUAUUGUUAUUGGGUCUAGGAUUUCUUACAUUUCAUCCUACAAUGCAAGAAUUUUGUUUGUUUGCAGUCGUCGGCUUGACUACAGACUUUUUUUUACAAUUAUUCUUUUUUGUUACGAUUCUUUCGGUGGAUAUCCGACGAAUGGAACUCUCUGAUCUUAUGUUGGAGUAUCCAGUUCAUUCAUUUAUGCAAGAACCUCAAAUGAUUCCGCCAUUUUAUUCCUUUACUUCACCAUUAUCAUCUUCAACUUCUUUAUCAUCAUCUUUAGAUAUGAUGAUGACCGAAUCAUCGUGUAAAAUUGAAAAACCCAGUUCAUCGUUUACUAAAAUGUCUAAUAAAAAAGAAACUCAAAUAUCAAACAAAUAUUUGGCUUAUAUAUUAUCAUUUAUUUCAAACCUAAGCUUUAUGUUGUUUAGGCCAGUUAAGGCUAUUUUUCGACGUACGAGAUUAUCUUUUAUGAAAGGACACAGGCGUAAGGUUUCAGCUGCACAAACAGCUGCAUACUUAGCUUCUGAUGGUCAGACAUCGCAAAAUGUUCCACGACGUUUACGCGUUCUUCGUUGUUGGGCGAAAUCUCGACUUAUACAACGUGUUCUUCUGUUUGUUUUCUCUGUAUGGGUUAUUAUGAUUCUGAUACAUGCUGUGGAUAUAGUCCAGUUAUUUCUCAAUAUAUAUGUCUACAUAAGUAGUUUACUAUUACAGUGUUUUACGUCACACAGUUGGUUCACAUUACCUUCGUAUACCCGUGAUAAUGAUCAUUAUAAUACUAUUACUACUACUACUACUACUAUUGUUAAUAGUAGUGAUAUGAAUGGUCACCAUAUACCGCUCUCUGUCAGUGAACCUCCCUUUAUGAAUUCAUCUGUUUUUUCCUCAUCAUCUUUUGUGAAUUCAUCUAUUCAAUCUGAUUCCCAAGAAAAUUUGUUCAAUAUUAAAAAUGUUAGCAUGGUCGAUCAAGAAGAUCCUGUUAGUGAACAUUUGGAUGUUUCUUUGAAUCAACAUGAAAUAGAUCUUCAUGAUGAUCAUCAUUUUCUUCAAGAACGUGAUAUCUCAGUUCAAUUCGAUGUUGGUGUUGAUGAUGAUAUUAAAUCUCAAAUAAAUAUGCUCAAUAUUGUUCAUCAUUUACAAUUGAAUGAAAUGACACAAAACAAUUUCACUUGGAAUACAAUGUUUAUUUGGAAUUAUUUAGCUUAUUCGUACUGGCCAUCGUUAGCAAAACACUAUAAUUUGAGUUUGGUCGGUUGUCAUUUAGCCCUGUUAGAACCAGUUCAUUUAAAGUAUAAGCUUCAUAUGAUUGAUCCAGAUCAAGGAAUUGAAAAGUCUGAUAUACAAUCUGACCAAAAAGAAUCUAUAUCGUAUGUAUCGUUUGAAAACGAACGUACAUUGGAUGAACAUAAUCAUUUACACUUUAUAAAUGAUGAUGAUAAUAAUAUACUGAUAUCAAAUGUAAAAAGAAAACAUUUACAUGCAUCAUCAACAUCACCUGGAGGUUUUACUGGUUGGACUGCACGACUUGGUUUAACUGCAUCUAUGCUGGGCACUAGUUUGUUGGGUUGUAGUCUGGUCUUAUUACUGACUUGUUUGGGAAUGAUUUGCUUACAGUCCAGGUCAUCAAAUUCUACCAAACGUGAACCAAUCAUACGAGUUCUACCACUAACUAUAGAUCUUGUAAAUAAUGUGACAACAACAGAUUCAAUGGAUUCAGACUAUGAUCAGCAUGAUUGUUUAUUGUCACCUGAAUGGACUGUUGCAUGUGGUCAAGUAUAUUAUAAAGAUAAAAAUGGAGAUGUUUGUCCUCAUGGACUACUAGCAGUGACAUCUGUUCGAUCAUAUAUACGCAUUAAAUCAUAUCAUUCGAGGGUUAUCCAGCUAUGGUGUGCGGACUCAGGAAAUCUUUUAUUUGAUUUAAAAAGGUACUCAGUAGAAGCAAACACUAGACGAAAAAACUUGCCGUCAUCUGUCGCAUGCCGAAAAUUUUCUACCAUCUGGUGCAUGGAUUUCUUGCCGCAAGGACUCUUGGUUGUUGGAUGCAGUGAUGGGACCAUUGAGAUCUGGAACUGUGAAUCUGGACAACUGUUAGAUAUUUUAUGCUUAAACAAUGUUAAUAAUGAUCACUUAUUGGUCAAGAAAGAAACACAAAAUUCAUCUGCUAUUUCACAUUUAAGGAUACAUCCUGGAGGAAUAACAAUAAUGAAAAUAAUUGAUGAAUCAAGAUUUUGUAUUGGAACUAGUCGUGGUGUUGUAGCAUAUUUCAAUGUAGUUUAUGCUCAAGGAAAUUUGUUACAAACAUUUUCAUUAAUUCGUCAAUGGCAUUCACAUUCUCGUGCAAUUAGUCAAUUAGAUUAUUUGAAAUAUUUCAACAAAAACACAGUAGAUAAUCCCAACGAUUUGCUUACAAAUAUAAAUUCAAAUCAUAUCGCAGUGCUUGUAAUCAGUGGAUCAGAAGAUGGUUGUAUUAAAUUUUUCUCUUCUGAGUAUGAUUCUCCAUUGUUUCACUGCGCUGUUGAUGCUACUCCUGUCCUUUGUAUGAACUUAAAUCGUCUUGCUCUUGGUGUCAGCCAUGCAUCUGGAUCAUUAUACGUUUGUUGUUUAGAAUUACUUCACAAGACGACAACCAAUAAUGGUGUAAAUCUCAAGGCUAAAAAUCAAACAGAAUCUCUUGAAAUACGUUUAAUUGAUCUCAGUUUACUUAGCAGUGGUUUUGGAAUUUCUUCUGAAAUACAACAGUUUGCAGCAUCGUCAUCAACAUCGGGAAAAGUUCAAAAUAAGAAAGUAUCGUCGUACAAUCGUCUUGGAUCAAUAAACCUGCGAUUGUUUAUGAGAAGUGAUAGGUAUUCUGAUAAAAUACAGAAAAGUAGUAAUUCACUGUCAACUUUAGCCAAUUAUCGUCUAGUAACGUAUGAUAUGGAUGGUAGUGUGGUUAUAUGGGAUUUGCAGCAUAAAUGUAUAAUACGGUCUUUCAAAGCUAAUUUAUCAACAUUCAACAUGUCCAGUUUAUUACUAUCCGUUGAUGGACGUGUGGUUUUUGGUGAUCAGAGUUAUUUACGAGUUGUAAAUCCGUGGACUGCUAAAUAUGAACGUUCAGUCCAACUUUUACCCCCAUCAUCUGUAAAUAUGAGAAAUCCAAAUAGUUCAAAUUCUUCACAUCUUUCCGCUUUGUUACGUCGAUGGAUAAAAGAAUUAGUUCCACUUGGUAUUACUGGUGGUGACUUUGAAUCGUUCAAGUCAUCUGAAUUAUACUUGUUAACUAAUCGAAAUGAUGAACAAGGAAAAUUAUCCCCAAUUAUCAGUAUGAAAAUGCCAAUAAGAACUGGUGGAUCAUAUGUUAUCAGUAUUGCCGAUGGUGGACGAAUAUUAGUUGUAGUACCAGUGUCUACGAUUAAAUUUGAUUAACUCUAAUCUUUUUUUCUAACGAUGCUUUCUAUUUCUAUAAUAUUUAAGAGAUGUACAGUCUUCAUUUAUUAUAAUAUAAACUUCAAACAAUUA